GCAUGCUCCAGUGUACACCAGGGAGCAUUUGGAUCACGGAUAAGAUGGUGGUUGGAGCAGAUGAGUUCAUGUGCACCAAUACUCAGUGACACGAACGGAUUGGAGCAGUUUCUCCUCUUUUAAGAUGCAUGCAAACAUGCAAAUUAAACUCGCAGCAUGGAUCCAUUGGAAGAUUUUCUCAUUGGCUUUAAUAUAUUAAUUAUGAAUGAAAUUAAUGAAAAUCUUUUACCUUUAGCUGUAAUUUGUGAUUUAUUUGUGGAAGACAAUGAGAACGACGAUGAAAUAGAGAAUAUUGCUAUUAAUGCAGUUAUUGAAAUGGCUGAAGGUAUCAUUCAAAGAAGACGUAGAACAUGCAUAACUAAUUAUAUUGAACAAAUAGUGCCAAUGUAUACCGAUGAAGAAUUUAUUAUGCAUUAUCGUUUAAAAAAAAUGCUUUUCAGAAGCAUGGUGGACAGAUUUAGUUAUUGGGCACAUUUUAGAAAUCUAGGAGGACAUGGAGGAUUUGAAGUAGUUUCGGCUGAAAAACACAUUCUUACUUUUCUAUGGUUUGCUGGGCAUCAAAGUGCAAGUUUCAGGGAUGUUGCUGAUAAAUUUAAUUUGUCUCUUAGUGCCCUUGAAUCAGUGUUACAAAGAGUCACACAGUUUUUAUAUAAUUUAAGAAAUGAAUUUAUUCGGUAUCCCACUGAGGCAGAAAAGCAGAAAACGCAGAGAUACUAUGUAGAAAAUAAAAAUUUUCCAGGAAUAAUUGGUUCUAUUGAUGGUUCACACAUCCGUAUAGACAAACCUUCUGAAGACCCAGUAGCCUAUAUCAAUAAAAAACAUUAUUUUUCCAUUCACAUGCAGGGAACAGUUAAUGAGCAGAACAAGUUCUUAGAUGUGUUAAUUGGAUAUCCUGGCUCAGUGCAUGAUGCAAGAGUAUUUGCAAAUUCUAGUCUGGCUGAAGACUUACCAGCACUCUGUCACAACGGAAACAUAAUUCUUGGAGACGCUGCAUAUCCAUGCCUUCCUCAAUUAAUUACUCCAUAUCGGGAUAAUGGACAUCUUACACAGGCCCAAAGAAACUUUAAUCGUAUACAUAGUCAGUGCAGAAUCUCUGUAGAACACACAUUUGGAGUAUUGAAACAACGUUUCAGGCAAUUAUAUUUCCUUAAGCUGAGGAACAUGCAGUUCAUCGUUAAAUUCAUUUUCGCUUGUUGCGUCCUUCAUAAUAUGGCUAACUUUAAUGAUAUGCAAUACAUGGAAGAACCCGAAGACGACAAUCAUGCUGAUAUAAAUGCACAGGUGUUGUUACCCCAUGUCCUGCCAGAAGAUAGGAAUGAAAAUCCUGUUGAUGAACGACGUGGUUGUGAUCUCAGAGAUGAACUAUGCCGACAAUUGUUCCAAAGACGAUUCAACGUAGAGUAGAGAUAUAUUAAGACAAAUUUUAAUGACUAUAUGAUAUAUAUAUAUAUAUAAAUAUAUAAAAGUUCAGCGUUA